AUGGCGAAGCUCAGCGAGGACCAACUCAACGCUAUUAGCGUUAUCGAGCGGGCGUGCUCGGUGCCAUCUCUCCUGGGAUGUGUCUUCAUCAUCGCCACCUUCUGCAUGUCAAGCGCCUUCCACAAACCCAUCAACCGACUCGUUUUCUACGCUUCCUUCGGCAACAUGCUGGCCAACUUCGGCACGCUCAUGUCGCUGUCUUACUUGAACAAUCUCGACUCCUUUGGGUGCCAGUUUCAGGCUUUCUUGCUCCAAUUCUUCACCCCUGCGGAUGCCUUCUGGACGUUGGCCAUGGCCAUCAACGUGUAUCUCAGCGUUUACCACGAAUUUGAUGCGCAGCGCCUACGCAAGAUGGAACUGUGGUAUUUGAUUGGCUGCUACGGGGUUCCCUUUGUUCCUGCCUUUGCCUACCUAUUCGCCCGGAAUAAGCUGGGACAGCGCAUCUACGGAAACGCAACGCUGUGGUGCUGGGUGUCGACCGACUACGAUGCCCUCCGUGUUGCCACGUUGUAUGCUCCAGUGUGGAUUGCCAUCCUCGUCACCCUCUCUAUUUACAUACGCAUUGGUCGCACGAUUUACGAGACACGCAAACAGCUGUACGACUUUCACUCGUCGGAUCCCGACCCCUUGUCUUUAGACGGCGAGGCUCUAGCCACGGUCAAGAGAACAGAAGUCACGGUGACUAGCGAGGCUGUCGGUGAGCCUGGAAUCGCUCUUGGCCCCCUGCCUCGUCGCGAUUCUUCUUCGGCAGACAACCCCCAAAGAGCCAGCGCCGCAUACUCGGUCCAUAUAUCUGCCAACAACUCCACGGUCUUUGACGGCAAGCCUGUACUUCCCAUUCCGUGGACAACCAUUCACCACGCGAGCACUGUGCAGAUUGCGUCGCAGAGGCUUUCUAAGCCCGCUCGACGACAUAUCCAUGAGCUCAAUAAUGCGGCGUGGUCCUACACUAAAUGCGCUAUUCUGUUCUUUGCCGUUCUCCUGAUUACAUGGAUUCCAUCAAGUGCCAACCGAGUCUACUCGGCUGUUCAUCCGGGAGAUGUCUCUGUUCCGCUCCAGUUUAUGAGCGCCUUUGUCCUACCACUCCAGGGAUUCUGGAACGCGGUCAUAUAUGCAGUCACAUCGUGGGGAGCGUGCAAGAAUGUGCUUCACGGCUGGAAGCUCGGUUGGAGGCAAGCUGUUUCCCAAAGUAUGGGAACAAACGAUGCAACUGGCCGCAAUUAUCGGCGUUACGAGACCCAGUUCAAGUCGCCGGCAAGGACUCACGUAACGUGGGAGUCGGAGAGCGUGACUGAACUUGCCAGAGUCACAACGAAUUCGGCUGAAGGACGGGGAAAUUACUGA